CACCACACUGUCCUUCUAUCCAGUCCUCUAUCACAGCAGCGUCUCAUUCCCCCUCUUUCUGUCUCUCUCCCUCCCAGGCACGCUCCUCUCUCCGUCAGCAUCGGCGGGAGAGUGAUUCACCCCCCUCCUCCUCCCCCAUCGCUCUAACUGGAUUGUACAGACAGAGGCAAGCUGAGGACACAGGAGAGGAGAAAAAGGGCUCGAUCAGGGAAGGAAGACGUGGAAACACUACACACUGGAUAACAUUUCCUCUCUGCUGGCAGGAGGCUACAGAGCAACACAGUGACACUGCAGCACUAGCAGAAAGCAGCAGUCUGGACUACAGCUUUGACUCACCGCUCUCUGAGGUAAAAAACCAUGCGUUCCCGUAGCAACAGCCUAGAGGACACAGCAAAUGCCAAGCUGGCUCAGCACCAGGCACGAUCGCAGCGGCGGGCCACAGAACGUGAGGAGCCCCAGGGCAGGGGUGCAGGACGGGCCAGGCACAGGGAGCCCCCCGAUGACACAGGCACAAACACAGGCACUGUCCAGAGGAAGGAAAAGGAGGGCAGCGGCAGCAGUGGGAGUGGCAGUGCCAGCAGUAACAGUCGGAGGGAGAAGGCAGCAGGCGGGAAGGCCAGGGACCUCUCCCGAGACGACCUUCUGUUCCUGCUCUCCAUGCUAGAAGGAGAACUGCAGGCCAGAGACGAGGUGAUCACGGUAUUGAAGGCUGAGAAGAUUGACUUGGCCCUCUUGGAGGCCCAGUAUGGGUUCGUCACCCCACAGAAGGUCCUUCAGGCCUUGCAGAGAGACACCGUCCAGAGCAAGGCUGAGACCUUCCAGGAAGACAUCUACGAGAGGCCCAUGGCUGAGCUGGACAAGCUGGUGGAGAAGCAGAGGGAGACCCACCGUCGCAUGCUGGAGCAGCUGCUGCUGACUGAGCAGUCCCACAAGCGCGCCCUGUACAAGCUGGAUGACGAGAAGAGGAACCAUGGAGACUUCAUGAGGAAGAGUGACGAGUUCACCAACCUGCUGGAGCAGGAACGAGAGAGACUGAAGUUGCUCAUUGACCAGGAAAAGGCCUAUCAGGAAAGGAAAGAGGAGGAGAACAACAAGAAGGUCACCAGCCUAAAGGAGGAGCUGACCAAGCUGAAGUCGUUUGCGUUGAUGGUCGUGGACGAGCAGCAGCGCCUCACAGAGCAAUUGACCCAACAGACUGCUAAGGUCCAGGAACUGACUGCCAGCGCCUCCCACACCCAGGAAGAGCUGAGCUCUGCUAAUGCAAAGGUGCAAGAGGGGGAGGAGAAAGUUUUUCGCUUGGAGACAGAGCUAGGCGACCAAGCCAGUCGCUUUCACCAGGAACAGGAGACCAUGACAGCCAAACUGACCAGCGAGGAUGCCCAGAACCGGCAGCUCAAGCAGAAACUGUCCACACUCAGCCGGCAGCUGGAUGAACUGGAGGAGACCAACAAGACCCUCCGGAGGGCCGAGGACGAGCUCCAGGAGCUGAGGGACAAGAUCAGCCGUGGGGAAUGUGGCAACUCCAGCCUCAUGGAUGAGGUGGAGGAGUUACGGAAAAGGGUUCUGGAGAUGGAGGGGAAGGACGAGGAGCUGGUCAGAAUGGAGGACCAGUGCAGGGACCUCAACAAGAAGCUGGAGAAGGAAGCCAGCCAAAGCCGUAGCCUGAAGGCUGAUGUGGACAAGCUGAACCACAGGAUCAUGGAGCUGGAGAAACUAGAGGAUGCGUUCGGCAAGAGCAAACAGGAGUGCAACGCACUAAAGUGCAAUCUGGACAAAGAGAGGACAGUGUCAAAGGUUCUGUCCAGAGAGAUGGACAUCCUGAAAGCGAGGGUCAAAGAACUGGAGGCCGUGGAGGGUCAGUUGGAGAAGACAGAGCUUACACUAAAGGAAGACCUCACCAAGCUGAAGACGCUGACGGUCAUGCUGGUGGAUGAAAGGAAGACCAUGGCUGAGAAACUGAAAGCGAUGGAGGACAAGGUCCAUAACAGCACUGGAAAACUGCAAGCUGAGCAGGACAAAGUCACAACAGUAACAGAGAAGCUUAUCGAGGAAAGCAAGAAAGCCCUAAGGUCGAAUGCUGAGCUUGAGGAGAAAAUGUGUGGCGCCACCAAGGACAGGGAUGAACUCAAGGCCAAGCUCCAAGCCGAGGAGGAAAAGAGCAACGACCUGCAGUCCAAAGUUACCAUGAUGAAAAAGAGGUUGCAGUCACUGGAAGCUGCAGAGAGGGAAUUCCUGAGGAACAAAGCCAAAGAGGAAAACAUCAAGGCGCCCAUCGCCAAGCACUCCCAACAAGAGGACUACAAAGUCAAAGACCUUACACAGGAAGUUGAGCGCCUGAGGCGAAAACUUAAAGAUAUGAAGGUUGUCGAAGACGACUUGUUGAAGACUGAGGAUGAGUUUGAGUCAAUGGAGAAGAGAUACUCCAGGGAACAAGAGCGAGCAAAGGCCUUGAUGGAGGAGUUGGAAAUAUCCAGGAACGAGCUCUUAAAGUACCAACUGGCAGAGAAGCAAGAGUCCAACCAGGAGCACAUCCUCUACAAGCGUCUGAAAGAGGAAGAGGCCAAGUCCAGUCAUCUGACCCGAGAGGUGGCGGCCCUAAAAGAGAAGAUCCAUGAAUAUAUGGGCACAGAGGAAAACAUCUGUCGCAUGAAAAACGACCACUCCACCUUGCAAAGAAAACUGACUCUGCAAGAGGUGAAAAAUAAAGAACUGGCCAGAGAGAUGGAAACCCUCAAUCGGGAGCUGGAGCGAUACCGUCGCUUCAGCAAAAGUCUCCGCCCAGGCAUGAACGGCAGACGUUUCUCAGACUUACAGGUGUGCACCAAGGAGGUACAGACAGAUCCAGCAGAACACCUUCGACCCAACUACAAGAGCAUCGCCCCACUGGAGCGGGCCGUGGUGAAUGGAAAACUGUACGAAGAGAGUGACUCUGAGCACAAUCCAAACUACAACAAUGAGCUGCCCCUCGCCCAAUGUAACCCCUCCCUCUUCAACAAUGUCAACAACCUCAACAACAACAUCAGGAGAGUCCCCUUUCUCAAAACCAAAGAAAGCCACAACCCAGUCAAUGGGAAAGUGCAGGUUCCCAGACAGAAUGGGAACCAUGUGCAGCAAGGAGAUGUGUUUCUGACACACAGCCCCGGGCAACCACUGCACAUCAAGGUAACCCCAGACCACGGGCAUAACAUGGCCAUGCUAGAAAUCACCAGCCCCACCGCAGAAAACACCCAGUCAUACACCAGCACUGCAGUCAUCCCCACAAGCGGAGGUCCACCCAAACAAAGAAUCACCAUAAUUCAGAACGCAUCCAUCUCCCCGACUACCAGAAACAAAGGUCAAAGGUCCCCCUCGUCAGAUGGUUCCCCCUGCACUCCUGAUCGAGCCAUAUCUCCCUUCACCAUGGCCACCUACUCUAGAGCAAUGACCCCAGACUCCUCUGGGUCGGUCACUCCAGACAGGGCUAUGUCACCCAUCCAGAUUGUGUCGGUCACAACAGGCACUCCUGACCGGUCCCUGUCCACGGAGCCAGUAGAGGUCAUGGGAGGUCAUGCAGUCUUCAGGGUGACACCAGAGAGGCAGAGCAGCUGGCAGGUUCAGAGGUCCAACAGCUCCGGCCCCAACGUCAUCACCACGGAGGACAACAAAAUCCACAUUCACUUAGGGAGCCCCUUCAUUCAGAGCUUAAACACUACACCCCAGCCUGUGAGCCCAUGCUACUCACCUGGGCAGGAGCAGAGAACUCCUGUAUUAUCCAAUGGUACCCCUGUCAAAGGCAACAGCAAAAUCACAAGUAGCAUCACUAUAAAGCCAACAUCCACCCCAAUCAAAAGGCCUUCACAAAUUACAAUCCCCUUGGAAGCAUUCCGACGCCCAGGCCCAACCAGGAUCCCCAAACCUAAAGCCUACAGUACAAAAGGAACAAACAGUGUGGUCAAUCCAGGGCAGAGCAAUAAAGGACAGCCCCAGACAGCUCUCUCCUCAGAGAAGGCGCUGCAGGGUACUCAGAGUGCAGCCAACAACCUCAAUAUGGUCAACCGCCCCACUAGAAUAUAACGUCACACACUUGGAUGUAUCAUCACAUUAUGAUCUCAAUUAUGAUGUAUUCCUGUUGCUACAAAGACUUCUGCUUUUGUGUGCCUCGGUAUUGAUAAUGAAAACACCAAAAUAGGAAGAUUAGUAGGCCUAGGUUAACUAGCAUAUGUCUUUCACAACAAAAACAAAAUCACUGAUCUGUCUGUGUAAGCAGCAGGGGUGCAACUUUUACUGGGGACGGGACUUUAUAAUUGGAAUGUGAUACAAAACAAGGCAACGGUUUACUUUAGGACCAUGCGGACGCCUCCGAGCAGUCGGGUAGGAAAAAUU